GAAGUGGAGCGGCGGCCGCGGGGGGAGGAGGAGGAGGAGGAGGACGAGGAGGGACUGUGGCGGCGGCCCCCGCGUCCCGGUGCCUCUAUGGGGGAAGCAGACAAUGGAUUAUGAUUUCAAGGCGAAGCUGGCGGCGGAGCGGGAGCGGGUGGAGGAUCUGUUUGAGUACGAAGGGUGCAAAGUGGGACGCGGCACCUACGGGCACGUCUACAAGGCGAGGCGCAAAGAUGGAAAAGACGAGAAGGAGUAUGCGCUGAAGCAAAUCGAAGGCACAGGGAUAUCCAUGUCGGCCUGCAGAGAGAUCGCACUUUUGCGAGAAUUGAAGCACCCUAAUGUGAUCGCAUUGCAGAAGGUGUUCCUUUCUCACAGUGACAGGAAGGUGUGGUUGCUGUUUGACUAUGCGGAACAUGACCUGUGGCAUAUCAUUAAGUUUCACCGUGCAUCAAAAGCAAAUAAAAAGCCCAUGCAGCUGCCAAGGUCUAUGGUGAAAUCACUUCUUUACCAGAUUCUUGAUGGCAUCCAUUACCUCCACGCCAACUGGGUGCUGCACAGAGACCUGAAACCAGCAAAUAUCCUAGUAAUGGGAGAAGGUCCUGAGAGGGGGAGAGUCAAAAUAGCUGACAUGGGUUUCGCCAGAUUAUUCAACUCUCCUCUGAAGCCACUAGCAGAUUUGGAUCCAGUCGUUGUGACAUUUUGGUAUCGGGCUCCAGAACUCUUACUUGGUGCAAGGCAUUAUACAAAAGCCAUUGAUAUAUGGGCAAUAGGUUGCAUAUUUGCCGAGUUGUUGACCUCAGAGCCUAUCUUUCACUGUCGUCAGGAAGAUAUAAAAACAAGCAAUCCCUUUCAUCAUGACCAACUAGAUCGGAUAUUUAGUGUCAUGGGGUUCCCUGCAGAUAAAGACUGGGAAGAUAUUAGGAAGAUGCCAGAAUACCCAACACUUCAGAAGGACUUCAGGAGAACAACGUAUGCCAACAGUAGCCUCAUCAAGUACAUGGAGAAACAUAAGGUCAAGCCUGACAGCAAAGUGUUCCUCCUGCUUCAGAAACUCCUGACUAUGGAUCCAACCAAGAGAAUCACCUCGGAGCAGGCUCUCCAGGACCCGUAUUUUCAGGAGGACCCGUUGCCAACAUUAGAUGUGUUUGCUGGCUGCCAGAUUCCGUACCCCAAAAGGGAAUUCCUCAACGAGGACGAGCCUGAAGAGAAGGGAGACAAGAAUCAGCCGCAGCCACAGAACCAGCACCAGCAGGCCACAGCCCCUCCACAGCAGGCUGCAGCAGCGCCGCAGGCUCCAGCUCCGCAGCAGGGCACCACCCAGACCAACGGGACCACGGGCACCGCAGGCCCUGGGCUGCAGCAUGGCCAGGACUCGGGCCUCGGCCAGGUGCCUCCCAGCAAGAAGCCACGCCUUGGGCCUUCAGGUGCCAGCUCAGGUGGGCCAGUUAUGCCCCAGGACUAUCAGCACUCCAGUUCUCGCCUGGGUUACCAAAGCAGUGUUCAGGGAUCCUCUCAGUCCCAGAGCACCCUGGGCAGCUACUCCUCAUCUCAGCAGAGCGCACAGUACCACCCAUCUCACCAGUCCCACCGGUACUGAUGCCGUGGCUUGCACUCGGCCCACCCAGCCAAGGGCACAGAUGCCAGCAAUAUGAUGUCUGCAUGGCAAAGAACCCAAGAUACAAACUGUGAUGCCUAUAAAACUCCCACAGCUGAGAGGGGAACUGCACAGUGUCCUGCAGGACUGGUACCCUCUGCCGUCUGAAGAAGACAUGUGAAGUUGCCCAGCCCCUCUCCCGCAUGAGUCCCAGUGUGGCUGCUGUGGUGCAGCGGCCGAUUGGAUCCCAGCACUUCCAUCGCCUUCAGCAUUUUGUGAAGGAUUUCCUGGUGCACCUUUCUCAUGCUGUAGCAAUCUCUAUGAUUUAUCUUUUCAAAGCUCUUUGAAUAGAAUUUUAAAUGUUUUAGAAACAGGAUUCUUGUGGUGUAUAAUUUUAUACUUCUUGGACUGCUUGAGCAACACAGGUAAACAUGCACCUUUGAACGCACUACACAGUUGUCACAGACUAAAACUGUUCUGCUCUUGGAAGUCUUAACCAGAAACUGUUACUGUCCCAAAGUACGCUACUAUUGUGUGUAUAUUUAUCUUGUUUCAGGGAAGGUCUAGUAAAAAGACUAGUGGCAGAACAGAGGGAGGGUACCUACAACCAAAAACAGCAUUUCCAUGCGGGGUGCUAUGAAGGACUGAAGUGGGUGGUGGUUUUUAUAGUCAUUCAUGUGGAACUUAGUUCCCAGAAUCAUCAUGUUCAGAAUAAUAUUGAAUAAUUAAUAAUUAUAAUUUUAACCUUUGUGUAGCUAAGUCUACCUUUAAAAGGUUUCAAGAGCUGUGAUGGAAUAUAGUUCUCUGGUGACCCACCUCAGAAAUAGGAAGGGAAUAUUAGCUGCACUAGGAUUUCUAAAAGAGUGAUGUUGAUCAAAGGAUGUGUUACUUGCCCUUGAAGGAAAAGCUUUCAGUGUGUAUUGUAUGACAAAUUGGCUUCUGUAAAGGAACUAUCAGUUUCUUCACAUCUGGGUUGGCCUGAGUAACUUUCUUACAUAAUCAAGGUUAUGCAAGUAGAAGCCUGCAAAUCCAUCUGCUUUUAAACUGAAGAAGCAGUGUUCUCCAACUGUAUUUACAUUAGGCAUAGAGUAACUAUUUUUAAAGCAUGUUAAAAAUUUAGGUUUUAUUUCAUGUUCAAAGUAUGUAUUAUGUAUGCAUAAUUUUGCAGUUGUUACUGAAACGUAAUUCUGUCAAGAAUAUUUCCAUUGCACUGAAUGCUUUCUUUUGCCCCUAGGAGAAUACAAUUGUGCCUAAAAUCUAUGGGCAGAUCAUAGAAGAAGAUUCUAGUUAAGGUGAAUAUUCAUAUUUCCAUGACCUAUGAAUUGAGGCUGAGUUCCUUCUCAGCCACUUGAAGGAGCCCCUUACUCCUAGAGUCAAAGGGAUGUAAAAAGACAUAGAGCUCCUUUUGUAGUAUAAAGGGAGGGGGGGAGAAAAAGAAAAAAAAAAAUCUGUGUUCUUCUGAAUGCUACCAGCAGCACCAGCCUUGUUUUAAAUGUUUUCUUGAGCUAGAAGAAAUAGCUGAUUGUUGUAUAUGCAAAGUAUAUGCAUUUUUUAAAACUAUUGUUUGUGAACUUAUCUACCUGGUUAUAAUACUCUGGGUCCAUAUACAAGUAAGAUAAGAUUUUAGAAGCCAGUAUACAUUUUGCACUAUUGAUGUGAUACUGUAGCCAGCCAGGCCCUUACUGAUCUCAGCAUCAUAAUGCUUUGAAGUAGUAAUACAAACAAGCUGUGUCAUGAUGCUCAUCCACACUGAACGUGAAGCAGGUGACAUCUCCACUGAGAGGAACUUUGACGGUUUCCAUGGUAUCUUUCGCCUUCCAUUUUUUUUAGAAUAAGAAACUGAAGCCUCUGCAUAAUGUAGCUCCUGCACGCAGUUCUGUCCUGUGCCCUGAAGCCUCCCUGUCCAGAGCUGCUGCUCAUCCGACUCUCAGUGUGCCCCAUUAUGGGCCAGGUGCUCUGUUGGGCAGGACAUACUUCCUGUCAGCAACAGUAAGCUCUUGAAGGGUGUCGUUGCCAUGUGAUUGACAUCAAUGAAACUGUCCUAUAACAUGAAGGUCUUUUUGUUUACUUUUAAACCCACUUGGAUAACCAUUCUUCUGAAUUUUAUAGAAAACAGUAUUAUGGGAGGGUUUCUAUGUCUGACUCCCUUGGGAGAAAGCCAGUGGUUGCCACCCAAGGCACUCAUGCAUAUUUGCAAUGUCCACAGCAGCCUUCAGCAGUCAUUAGGUGGCUCUUGUGGACAGAGCACUCUCAGUAGCUGUAGAACCACAAUGAAAUAGCAGCUCUGUUCUUACCCUUGAGUGAGCUGACACAGAGUAGAAGAAGACCCCCAAACAUGUACAUAAACCCAAACCCCAGGCCCCUUAAUACUUUAUAAGCAACUUUGAUAUACAAUUCUGAUGAUGCGUGCUUAUAUGCUUCAGAACUACCCUGCUUUCCUUGUACAUGAUGAAUUUUACUGGCAAAGCUGACAUUCACAGGGGAUUUUUGUCAGUCGCACAGUGUUUUCCAGGACAUAGCCAGAAAUCCCCAUCACAUGAAACUGGGUUCUCGUAUCGCUGCACUGGUUCUGGCUUGUUUUCUUCUCCUCUGUUUACCUCAGGGUUGGUGAUGCAUACUGGUAUCCAUUACCCUUUGAAAUAAUUUUGGUUCAUAAUUUCCUUUCUCUAUAAAGGGAGAAAAGCCUUUCAUACACAUUAGGGCCCUAGACUGGGAUGGGACCUCGAACGAGACCUGUGAAGGUUUUUGGAGGUAAAGUUUACCUUUGUGAUCCCCACAUGAUUGCAUUCUCCUUUGAAUGCUCAUUAUGAUACUGCUGUGUCCUCUAGGGAGGUUGGGAGGAAGGAAACAUCCUUCAGCUUAUGGGAACCAAGGGAGCUAGUGAAGUGAUGAAUUGGAAGUUUACUGUGCUUCGUAUUACAGAUCAGUUUAAGAGCUAUCUUUCUGGUAAGGUGUUUAGUGGGGCGAAAAAAGAGUCAAGAAUUGGAGGACAGAUUAGCUUAGAAAGGUAGCUUGGCAGGGCUGGUCCUAAGGCUGAAGCAAUCCUUGUGGUCAGAUCAUUCCGCGAGAUGCAAAAAUCAAGGAAGUGUAUAUUUUUAUAUCUGUGGUUUUGAAACUUUAGUACUUGGGCUUUGGGCAUUCUGCACUACUCUUUUGCUCUUACAGCUGUAAGCAUACUCUUAAGCACGGAAGGGGAUGGCAUUUCCCCGUGUGUUCACUGCCUCGUUCCUGGUGGAACAGCUGCUCGCUGUCUAUGCCUCUAACACGAUGCUGUUUUCUCUGCUAGCAGUAAAAAAGGGAAAGUAGUUGGAGAAUAAGACUCGCAGCUUCCUUUGCUUUUGAGGAAAUGUAUGUAGCAGAAACUGUACGAUGAAGGAAGAAUUCUGUGAAAGCUGCAAGUCUUAGACUCAGUGGUGGUCCCUUCCUAGAAGACAGGGAAAGGCAAGGAAGUGAUCGCUGGACUUAACUGAAGCUGGGAAGAAGAGGUCAAGUGUAAGAUUUCAUGUAAAACAUAGAAGUUAGGUCCCCAUUGUCAUCAAGAAUAGUCACAAAUAUCAUAAAACAAAGUUAUUGUUUUAGGAUUUUUUAAAAAAUGUGUACCUAAGGCCAUAUUUACUCUUCUACUCUAUCACUGCAAAGGAGUGAUAUGUAUGUAUUAUAUGGAAAAUCUUUAAUGCACUGUUAUCUCCUAAAUGUUUAGUAAAUUAAUACUAUUUAAUUUUUUUUUAAAGAUUUGUCUGUGUAGACACUAAAAGUAUUACACAAGAUCUGGACUUACAAUGUCCUUUUUAACAACAAUUGAAAAGUACUUUUUAUAUAUGUUAAGUAGUCUACCCUUUCUAAACUGCCCAGUUUGUAUUUCUGAUAAUACCUAUUUGUGAAUUGUACCCGUCCUUGUCUCUUUUUCAGGCAUUUUCUGCACGCACCUCUCUUUGAUUAUAGAUAGGACUGUGGCUUGCCACACUCCAUGCCCCGCUGCAGCCGUGUGCCCGGAGCCCAGUGCACCAGCAGUGCCCGCUCUGCCUGCAGGACGCACUGCCUCCUCAGAGCCGACGUUCUGCUUUUGACUUGUCCCGCCAUCCUUCCUGAAAUGACUGUUAAAAUGGAUAUAAUUCCACUGCAUUUAUUUUAUAUUCUUGGUUGAAAUAAAAUUUAACUGACUUUG